AUGACACAGCUUGUGACAGUGAAGGUCCAAGUGUUCCUUCGAAGCACGAACUCAAAACAGCCUGCACUGCACAACUGGACACUCUGCUUUGGUAUUAUGACUCUCCUUUCAUUGAGUCAGAUCUACUACAACAGCUCGGACCCGAAGGCUAAGAAGUUGGUACAAUAUUCUGCAUUCAAGACUGGUGACAGACAGAUGAUCGACAAGGACUUUCCAUGGGUAGUGACUAGCAUAAGCUGUAACGUGUGGCUGUUGAUGCAGUAG